AUGCUUGUCAAGUCCUCUGUCCUUCUCUCUCUGCUGACGGCCUCAGCCUCGGGCCUCGCCAUCCGCGCCGACAACAGCACGCUCGUCACUCCCCCUGUGUCCAGCACCAUCCCCGAGGCCACCGAGCCCGCCUCCUCGAGCAUCCCCGAGUCCUCUUCAACUCCUGCUGCCUCCUCCAGCGCCGCCCCUCCUGCCGCCACUACACCUGCUAUUGCGCCUCCUGCCGCCACGCCUCCCGCUGUCAAGCCUACCAAGUUUGGCAUUGUCCUCUUUGACGGCUUCCAGGUGCUCGAUGCCUACGGCCCUCUGGACACACUGGCCACGCUCCAGAAGCAUGCCAACAUCACCGUCGACAUCCUGACCACUGGCAACAAGACCGUCAGCAGCGUUGUCCCCGGCAAGGGCCCCGUUGGCGCCUCGUUCGUGGCCACGCACGCCAUCGAGGCUCCCCGCCCCGAUCUCGAGGUCCUCCUUGUCCCUGGUGGCCUGGGUACUCGCGACACGGCUGCCUCGCAGCACGUUGUCGACUUUGUCAAGCUGCAGUACCCCAAGCUCAAGUACCUCUUGACUGUCUGCACCGGCUCUGCACUUGCUGCCCGUGCUGGUGUCCUCGACGGCCGCAACGCCACCACCAACAAGCAGUCCUUUGACGAGGUUGUCCCUCUUGGCCCCAAGACCAACUGGAUCAACGAGGCUCGCUGGGUUGUCGAUGGCAACAUCUACACCUCCUCUGGCAUCUCGGCCGGCAUGGACAUGGUAUACGGCUUCAUCACUGAUAUCUGGGGCCAGGCUGUUGCCGACGAUCUUGCUGAGAUCCAGGAGUAUGUCCGCAACACGGACCGCCACAACGACCCCUUUGCCGACAAGGACGGCAAGGAGCCCAUUGUCCCCGAGAGCGGCAACAACAACACUGACUACGAGCAGCCCUCUUACGAGGAGCCUUCUUACGAGGAACCCGAGCAGGACUACGACUACGACAACUAA